CGCUCUCGCAGCUCCACGCUCUGUCCGCCCGCCCUCCCGCUCCCUUGCUUGCUCGCGCUUUCCUUGCGGAUCGAAGAGACUGGCUACAGCUUGUGGCUAGGGAGGCAGACGGAGGCCGCAGCUCAGGGAAAGUGAAGCUGCAGUAGUAGUAGUAGUAGGAAGAUGUCGGGCGAAGACGAGCAGCAGGAGCAGACUAUCGCCGAGGACCUGGUCGUGACCAAGUAUAAGAUGGGGGGCGACAUCGCCAACCGGGUACUUCGAUCUUUGGUGGCAGCUUCCAGCUCAGGUGUGUCGGUACUGAGCCUGUGUGAGAAAGGUGAUGCCAUGAUUAUGGAAGAGACAGGAAAAAUUUUCAAGAAAGAAAAGGAAAUGAAGAAAGGUAUUGCUUUUCCCACCAGCAUUUCGGUAAAUAACUGUGUGUGUCACUUCUCCCCUUUGAAGAGUGACCAGGACUAUAUACUCAAGGAAGGUGACUUGGUAAAAAUUGACCUGGGGGUCCAUGUGGAUGGCUUCAUUGCUAAUGUGGCUCACACUUUUGUAAUUGGUGUCACUCAGGGGACCCAGGUGACCGGGCGGAAAGCAGAUGUUAUUAAGGCCGCUCACCUCUGUGCCGAAGCUGCCUUACGACUAGUCAAACCUGGAAACCAGAACACACAAGUGACAGAAGCCUGGAACAAAGUUGCUCACUCAUUUAAUUGCACACCAAUAGAAGGUAUGCUGUCACACCAGUUGAAGCAGCAUGUGAUUGAUGGAGAGAAGACCAUUAUCCAGAAUCCUACAGACCAGCAGAAGAAGGAUCAUGAAAAGGCAGAGUUUGAGGUACAUGAAGUUUAUGCUGUGGAUGUCCUGGUCAGCUCAGGAGAAGGCAAGGCCAAAGAUGCAGGACAGAGAACCACCAUUUACAAACGAGACCCCUCUAAACAGUAUGGCCUGAAAAUGAAAACUUCACGUGCCUUUUUCAGCGAGGUGGAGAGGCGUUUUGAUGCCAUGCCCUUUACUUUAAGAGCAUUUGAAGAUGAGAAGAAGGCUCGAAUGGGUGUGGUAGAGUGUGCCAAACAUGAGUUACUACAACCAUUUAAUGUUCUCUAUGAGAAGGAGGGUGAAUUUGUUGCCCAGUUUAAAUUUACAGUUCUCCUUAUGCCCAAUGGCCCCAUGCGGAUAACCAGUGGUCCGUUUGAGCCUGACCUCUACAAGUCUGAGAUGGAAGUCCAGGAUGCCGAAUUAAAGGCUCUUCUCCAAAGUUCUGCAAGUCGAAAAACCCAGAAAAAAAAGAAAAAGAAGGCCUCCAAGACUGCAGAGAAUGCCACCAGUGGAGAAACAUUAGAAGAGAAUGAAGCUGGGGACUGAGGUGGGUCCCUAUCCCCAGCUUGUCAUUCCUGCCUCCCUUCCCACGGCACCCCAGGCUCUGUGAAGUGCAGUUCGUCUUCUCCACCCAAGACCACCAGCAGAGCAGGGUCUUCUGCCCUCAUCCCUGUUUCCCCACCCACCCAUCCACUCCUUCCAACAAAAAACCAGCACCAACUGACUCUGGUGUUGGGAGGCCAGGCUUCCCAGCCACUGAAGACUACUUUCAGUAGAAAAAGAAAUUGAAUAAUAAAAUCAGGAGUCAAAA